AGCAAUGACAGGUUUCGAAAAUGUUGUCCAACAUGUGGCGAAGUUAUUGAAAGAAUUUGAAUGGAUUCACGGUGUGGUGAACACGCGUCUGGUCUGCGAAUCUGUGCUAGAGAAGUUGCCAGAAGAUUGGCACGAAUUUUUAAAAUUGGCUGCCCCGGGAGAUUUGCAUGAAAUAGCAGCUCUCAGCAUUCCUAAUAAUUGCCCGCAUUCCCUUGCCAAAUUUUUGGAUGAAGCUAAGAUGUUGGUGUUGUGGAAUUCAGCAGCCGAAACAGUAAAGCCUUUGAGGAAAAUUCAUGGACGCAAAGGAAUUUCAACCAAGAAGCUGCACGAAGUGCAGAUCAUUUCGGAUUUUUUUGUGAAGAAUUUUUUACCUGAUCAGAUACUAGUUUUCGACAUCGGAUCUGGUAAAGGCUAUGUUGAUGUUGCCUUAGCCAAAGCUGGAUUCGAAAUCAUGGCUUUCGAGUUCGACGAGUCGAAGAGACCUUCAAAUCUUACAGAUCAUCCGUUGAUCGAGAACAGAAAAUUCUACUUGAAUGCGGAUUCCAGCGACGAAUUCUUACGGAUUAUUCUAGAAGCCUGCAGACAGAGGAAGAAACAAGCCUGCUUACUUUCCUUACACGGAUGCGGAGACCUGACCCCUUCAAUUCUGCGCAAUUACGUCAGAUUACCCGAUGAUAUUCGCGGGGGGUUGGUUGUGAUCCCCUGUUGCUAUCACUUGGUUCAAACGAAUACGUAUGAACCAAUGGUGGAAUUUGGCACUUUCCCGCGUUUGGGUAAACCUAGCCUGAGGUUAGCUUCUCAAGACAGUCCAUUGCUGUGGAAAAUUAAGGAAUGGAGUGACGCGGAGCAUCUUCAGCAUGCGAAGUCUGUCAUUUACCGAGCUCUUUUGGAGUUCCUUGCUCACAAGGAUGGCGUCAGUUUAGUCAAGUCCAAAGGAUCCGACGGAGCUAACGUGAAACGGAGCGUUUACUUGGACUCUUUUGAAAAAUAUUUCUCCUCAGUAUCCCACAAAUUUAGGAUACAUGAUGCCCUCGACGAAAGCAUGAAAAAUCUACCGGAAUCUUGGCCAAUCGACGGUCAAGCUCACCUUGACGCGAACUCCGAUCUGUUGCAGAUCGUGGAAGGCUUCACAGCUUUGCAAUACUGCCUGCAACCAGUCAUCGAAAGUUACAUUUUGAUGGAUCGAGUGGAGUAUUUACGUCGAUCGUUGACGAAGGAAGAUAUCCAUGCUGUGAAAUUAUUCGAUGAUGUGAUAUCCCCUCGAUAUGGAUAUAGUGCCGAAAACGGAGGUGGUGAAGAAGCGGAUCAUCCGCGUUCCUCCUUCGAUAAGAUUGGCUGGUUAUCUUUUAUUUGUGCAAUAUUUAUCUCAAAGGAUUUUGUGAAUUUUGCUCUUGUUCAGAUGGAUAUAGUGCCGAAAACGGAGGUGGUGAAAAAGCGGAUCAUCCGCGUUCCUCCUUCGAUAAGUGAAAACCCGUUAUUAAUCGAAGCAUGCAAAGUCCUCCCCAAAAAUUACAAUUUCGAAAUCCCGAAAACGAUCUGGAGAAUACAAUCCUCAGAGUGUCGACGCGUGGGCCUUCAGAUGCCGGAAGGUCUCCUCCUCUUCGCCACGACGAUCGCGGACAUUUUGAUUCAGUUUGCCAACGUGGAAGUCGUCAUCAUGGGCGACGUGACUUACGGAGCAUGCUGCGUUGAUGACUUCACUGCGAAACGCGUCGGUGUAGACUUUUUGGUCCAUUACGGCCACUCGUGCCUUGUGCCGAUUGACGUGACUUCUCAAAGUGGUGUCAUUGUAAUGUACGUGUUUGUUGACGUGGCUUUUGACGUGUCGCACGCGAUAGAAUGUGUCGUUGCCAACUUGAAUCCGGGUUCUUGCGUGGCUUUGGCGAGUACUGUGCAAUUUCUCACGGCAUUGCACGAAGUAGCGGAGGCAUUGAAGGAGCGCGGGUUUGAUCCCCGAUUUUUGCAAUCGAGGCCCUUAUCCAAGGGAGAAGUCUUGGGAUGCACUGCUGCGAAUGCGGCGCCGGAGGCUGAAAGUCUGCUGUUUCUUGGCGAUGGAAGGUUUCAUUUGGAGGCCGCCAUGAUCGCAAAUCCUCACCUUCCUGCGUACAAGUACGACCCAUAUUCGAAGAAAUUUACAAUUGAAAAGUAUGACCAUCAAAACAUGAUGGAAACGAGAAAGAAAUCCGUAGAAGCCGUGUUCUUUGGACAUGGAACCAAAGUAGGAAUAAUCCUAGGCACUUUGGGCCGUCAAGGAAAUCCAGGUGUUCUACGGAUGCUUGAGCAAAAAGCGGAGAGCAUCGGUUGCGAGACCACACUCUUCCUCAUGUCGGAAGUGUUUCCGGAUAAAUUGAAGCUCUGCUCAGGUAUCGAUGUUUGGGUUCAAGUAGCUUGUCCCAGGCUGUCCAUCGACUGGGGAGAAGCCUUCGACAAACCCAUUUUAACCCCUUACGAAGCUGCUGUGGCUUUGAACAUGCAAACCUGGAAAGAUGUGUAUCCCAUGGAUUUUUACGCCGCAGGAAGUCUCGGAAAAUGGACUCCUGGUCACAAGUGUGGCAAAAAAGAAAAGACUUGCGGCUGUGAUGUUCAGAAUUGAUAUUUUUCUGAUCCUCAGACGUGAUUGGAAGCGCAAAAGUCGUGGUUUCAAUUGUUUUGUCCUGUGACGAAAAUAUAAAAAAAAG